AUUAAAAUGAACAGAGAUCCAGGAUUAAUUUGCUUCAAUCAUUGCAAAUCUGAUAUUUUUGUUUUCUCUGUGCCAAAAGGUUGCCCAGAGUGCAAUGCAGAUUUAACAACCAACACUGACAUCACACCUUUUAGCAUACCGUUUCCUUUCACACGAGCCUCGCAAUAUCCUUGCAGUUUAGUCUUGCGGCCUACAAAUGGCGAUUUCUUGAGAUCAUAUUCUAACAACGCGGACUUGCACAUAGGUGUCACAAACUCUAGAGGAAAUAUAUUUUCCUAUGACGAGCACGGAUUGAAAGAAGAACCAGCCAAAGAUUGGGAUGAGUGUUUAAGCAUUCAAUGCAACACAACUUCCUCUGAUUUCUUUGAAAUCUCAUGGGACAGUGCACUAAAUACGUGUCUGCAAAGUGAAAACUGGGUUCCAGAAAGGUACAACGAGGACAGUUACAACUGCUACACAUUUGUUUUGAGCUUUCUCACCAGCCUUCCUAUGUGCCACCUGAACCAAUUCACUUGUGAUAGGGAAACUUUCUGUGAGAAAGUCCUGAUACCCGUGACACUGCCUGCAGGAAAGUAUAUUUCUUUAUAUAGGAGGGUCUCCCAAAACAGCUAUUUUGUGAAAGAAAAAAGUUGACUGUACAAUUAUUUCAAAUAAAUGAGCCAAGAUAGAAAUA